GGAAACAUUAACAGAAAAAGUUAUGAAAUAUUCGGACGUCUCGGAAGUCCGUUAUCGUGUGUGCCCUGACUGUGCUCUCUGAAUUUUUUCUUUGUCAUAAUUUUUUUCACAAGCUACAAAUAUUUGCGCCAAAUAUUUGUGAACUCGGCGUUGGUUUAAAACAAAUUCUUCAACACAUUUUCGGGCAAUAAUGUCGACUCCGAAGCGCGUGCUGACGCCCAGCAAGGAAAACAGAUCUGCCUCACCAGGCACCAGCCAAGCGCAGGUCAAGAAGUUCAAAAAUGACAAGGACUUGUGCGACGAUUGGGAGAACCAGUGCUGGGACGACGAUAUGGAUUUCGAUGCGAGUGCUUUAGAGGCGGCGAUGGAUGCGGCUGUGUCCCCGCAUAAACUGGACCUGUCCAUAUGGCAGCGCUGCGUGAUCGAGGACUUUGAAAUGGACAUGAAAUCCUACAACGUCAGACUGUUAGUAAAAAAGAGCCCCGGCCUAGCCGAGGAUCCAGAGACGGCCGAGUGCCUCGUGCAUUCGCCGUGGAAUAUGUGUGACAUGAAGAAGGGCGAUAUUGUUUCGCUUCUGGCCAAGUGGCAGCCCUCGCAGAACGUCUAUGUGAUUGACAAGGAGGACGGCUUCUGUGUGACCAAUCCCGAUUUUCUAGUAUCCGGCACCACCGUCAUGGGUUCCCUCUUUUGCCGCCGCAAGACGGUGCUGCAGGAACGUUUUCGCGGCCUCCACUGGAACAACCGUGUGAUGAUUAUUGGCACACUGGUGCACGAACUGUUCCAACGUGUGGUCUCCGAGCAGCACUACACGCGCUCCCAUGUGAAAACUAUCCUGAAUUAUAUGCUGCAGAGCCCCUCCCUGGCCCAAUCCCUCUAUGCCGGCGACCUCACCGAGGAUGAGGUAAUUAAUGAUUUGCAGCGGUUCGUCGAUCCCAUCGUUAGGUUCGCCAAGCAGUAUGUGCUUGGGGAGACGCCUGUAAUUCCGUCACCAGUGAAUUUUCGCGGACGCAUUGAGCGGAUCGAGAACACUGAGGAGAACCUGUGGGUACCCCAGCUGGGCCUCAAGGGCAAAGUGGACGUCUCUGUGUCCGUCACCACAGCCAAUGAUCCCAUUCCCUUGGAGCUGAAGACGGGUCGCUCCACCUUCUCCAUGGAGCACACUGGCCAGCUGAUCCUAUACCAGAUGAUGCACUCAGCCCUGGGCGUUGAGACGCGCUCCGGGCUACUGCUCUACCUGCGCGAAAACAUGAUGCGCGAGGUGUUCGGCAAGCGCAACGAGAUGCGCGAUCUGAUCAUGAUGCGCAACGAUCUGGCAAAAUAUCUAGUCAAAGAGGUGAAGAGCUCAGUCGCCGAUGAAGAGGACAUCGAGGACCUCUACCUGCCCGAGCCCAUCCACCACCACAGCGCAUGCACGCAAUGCGAGUACAGGACGCUGUGCGCCAGCUACGCCAAGCGGGAUAACAUACUGCAUUUGGGGGACUCGCAUUCAAUGAAGAUCCUUAUGCCGACACUUCUCGAGCACCUAGCCGACGAGGAUCAGGAGUUCUUCCACCACUGGUGCGGUAUACUGGCCCUCGAGGAUAAGCACUCACGCGCGAGCUUUAAGCAGCACUCCAUCUGGACGGACGAUCCCGUCUCGCGCCAACAGCAGGGACGAGCCAUUGCACAGCUGAAGCUUUAUCCCAGCCAACUGGCGCUCGAAACAGACGGCCGCUUUGAGCAAAACUUGGAGUUGGCACGUGAGGUCGAUCCCAGCAUACAAUUACAUCUCAGUGGGUUCGAUGUGGGCGAGUAUGUGGUCAUCAGCACCGAAUCGCGCAUGGCCGUGGCUUCUGGGAUCAUCGUUUCGUUGGAGUGCCGGCGCCUGACAGUCGCCCUGGAUCGCGACCUCAAACCGCAGUAUGCGAAGGAGACCUUCAUCAUGGACAAGCACGACUCGCAGACUUUCAGCACAUUCAACUACACAAACCUCGGCAUGCUGCUCGCCCCCACGCUGCGCGCCAAGCAACUGCGCUCCAUAAUUGUAGCCCUGGACCCGCCCUUACCAUUUGACAGCCUGCCCGAUAUCAUUCUAACAGAGGGUCUUCACAUUCUGCAAUAUCUGAACAAGCAGCAAAACGAGGCCGUCAUGCAUUGCCUCAGCAGCAAUACCCACUUUCUGAUCAAGGGUCUGCCCGGAACAGGCAAGACCCAGACGCUGGUCGCCCUGGUGCGUAUGCUGCAUCUGCUUAAUCUCAGCGUCCUGAUCACGGCCCACACUCACUCGGCGGUGGACAAUCUAAUGAAUCGUCUGAUGGCCUAUGGCCUGCCCAUGCUCCGUCUAGGCCAGAGCGCUCGCAUUAACGACUGCCUGGAAGAGAUCAGCGAGGCCAAUGUUACCAGACGCUGCCGCACCGUCGAUAGCCUGACACGCGUCCUGGAGACGCCGGCGAUUGUGGGCGUCACUUGCCUGGGAACGGGUCACGCCGUCUUUCGAAACCGUACGUUUGACUACUGCAUCGUGGACGAAGCCACCCAGGUGUUGCUGCCCACCAUUCUGCGUCCCCUAUGCUACAGCGAGCGCUUCGUUCUGGUCGGAGAUCCAGAUCAACUGCCACCGGUCGUUAAAUCGCGCGAGGCCCGCAAGAGAGGAGCAGACGAGUCCCUCUUUGAACGCCUUGACUCGCCCAAUUGCACGGCCGUGCUGUGCGUGCAGUACCGCAUGAACAGCACAAUCACCCGGCUGGCCAACAGGCUUACCUACGAUGAUGGCCUGAAAUGCGCCAAUGAGAAUGUGGCCAAGGCCCAUCUCCAACUGAAUUACAUGGGACACGCACCCGUGUGGGCUCAGCGCGUGCUGCAGACCCAUCUGGACAAUGCCGUUGUGGUGGUGGACACCGGCGACUGCUCCCUGCCCUGCCAGGCGGUGGGCAAGGGCUUACAGUGGCUCGGGAAGGCCGACUCCAACAUCGAUCUGAAAUACGGAGAAAAGGAUCCGGAAGUUGAACUGGCGGAUGUGGGGCAGCAUCCAGUGGAAGGUCGCCGCAUUUCACAGUACACCAAUACCUGCGAGGUGGGCGUUGUGAUGAACCUUCUCCUCCAGCUGCAGCUCGCCGAAUACGACCUGUCCACCGUGGGUGUCAUUGCCCCCUACCGCGCCCAAGUGGAGCUGCUGCGCAGACUGGGUGGACGGCUGGACUCCAGAGUUGAGUUCAACACGGUGGAUCAGUACCAGGGCCGCGACAAGAACAUCAUCAUCUACAGCUGUACCAAGACUGGACGCGAUCCCACGGAGAAGAAGCGCUGCCGAGCCGCUGAGAUUCUCGAGGAUAAGCGCCGCCUUACGGUGGCCAUCACACGCGCCAAGCAGAAGCUGAUCAUCCUAGGCGACGUCACGUGCCUCAAGAAUUAUGGCCCCUUCAACUCCCUAUUUCAGAACGUCCCGGCAAAGUGUUUCUUGCCGUUGAUCGAGGGUCGUUUGGAAUUUGCUUGGAAGUGUCUGCACACAGACCUGAAUCGCCUCGUAGAACCAUUAGUCAAUUAGUUCUUAAUCCUUUUUUAAUAUAUUUCGUGUUACAUUUUAAGAGUUCCAAGUGAUUUUGAUUAGUUAAAGGACUCAUACAAGAUUUACAAGUGCCAAAGUGACCGAUAGAUCGUUAUGGAUCCUUAAAGGAAGCCAAUGUUCAAGAAGGAAUCCUUAAAGGAAACUAAUUUCAGAAGAAACUACCCCUAAAAAAAGAAGCAAAUCAUUAGUGAAUCGCCGUCUGGCGUGCUCCCAAGAAACAUAUAUAAAAGCCGAUUCAUACUUUAAUAAAAUCAGCGAGAAAACGUCUCUCUCGUGGCAGGACA